AUGAUAAAAAGUAGAUUACUUUAAAGAAGUUCUUCUAAACUAACUCAAUCUUAAACCUCUCUAAUGAAUCAAUCAAUGACUCUGUAAUCAAUUAUUCAAUACAUAUAGAAUUAACAGUAUUAGAAAAUAAUCAUCUAAUUUUUCAUUGGAUAAGCAAACUGAAGAAAAUGGAACAAGUAAAUUGAUGAAAAGGAUUACUUAAAAAUAAACACAUAGAAGUAUAGAUGAUAUUUCAAGAUUACUACCUUUAAAUGAUAAUCUUAUAAAUGUUUAUAACGAUUUUGAAGAUAAUUUUAAAGUUAUUAGAGAAUCAAAUAAAGUCAAAUAGGAAAUACCAUAAACAAUUAAAUAAGAAAUUGUAUAAAUUAAUAAUUUUAAUAUUUUAAAAACUGCAGAUGGUUUAAGUUUAUGUGAUUUAUAUCCUGAAAAAUUAAAUCGAAUAUAAAUUUAUAGAUUUAAGUUUUAUUAUUUUCGAGCUAGAAUAAAAAAUAAACUAAGUCCUUUAUAAAUACAUUUUACAUUCCCAAAUAUCUCAUAAAAUUAAAUAUACAAAGUGUUUUUAUCAACAAGUGUAGAAUUUCCAACAAAAUUUAAUUGUGAACAAUCUACAUCAAGUAGAUCAAUUAAAAUUAAAACAAAAUCAGGAACAAAAUUAUUUUAUGAAGAUUAUAUUUUCAUGACUUUAUAUGCUGAAUCAGAUUUUAUUAUCAGUAUUCAUUUAGUAUUUGGAGAAUUUCAUAAUAUGAAUUUGAAUGAGAAAUAAUAAGAACCUUAAAGAUAUUUCAAAUAUUGGGAUGAUAAAUAAAGUUUAUCACCUAAGAAAGAUAAAAUUUUACAAAAUUUAGAUUAAUCUCGAUAUAAAAGUACUCAUAAACUUAAAGAGUUUUUAAAAGGAGCAGGUAUAUAUAUCAAAAUAAUAUAAUAUUUAGAGGUCAGUGCAAAAAAGAUGAUUUCAGUAGUUUAAAAAGGAAAACAAAUUAUAAAAGAGAAAUAAGAAGAAAGAUGUAUUAAAAUGUUAGUAAAAUCCUAAAUUCAAGAAUUUCGCAAAGUUGAAAAAAGUAUUUUAUAAUAAAAACUUGAGAAACAUAUUUAAUGCGAAUACUGGGAAUAAAUUAUUUCAUUAUUAAAAAUAUGUAGAUAAGCUUAUACUAUUUUACAAGUUAUUAUUAUUUUUUAAUUAUAUAUAGGAAAGGAAAAGAAUACUUAGAAUUUAAGCAAAAGCAAAGUUAAUAGUUUUAAGAAUAAAGACAAAGUUAUUCAUAGAAGUAUAAUAAUUUGGACAUAAUCCAUUUGAAAGAUGCAACAAUAAAUCAUUACUUUUAUUAAAGACAAUUGCUAUCCAUCUAUAAGAACUAUCUAAAUCAAGAGCAUAAAAAAUUGCAACUGAUUUCUUGAAAAAAACACUCAUCUUUUAAACGACUUUAAUAGUUCAUAAUAAGAUGGUGUCUAAAGGUACGAUAUUUUUAAUGUAGUAAGAAUGAUUAUUAAGGCAUUUAAAGCUAAAAGGUUUUAAAAACGUGCUUUUAAGGAUAGAUUUUGGAGAUUAAUAAAAAAUUAUUUUGGUCAAAACAAUGAUACUCAGUUAUUUACAACUUCUUCAGUCAAAGCAAUUUAAAUUGAUAAACCUAUUAUGUCAAAAGUUAUAGAGUAAUAUAUAAAUAAGAGGAAAUUAUAAUGGUCUUAGUAAUAUAAGGAAAACAAUAGUUCUGAUUCUAAGGAAUAUCAUAGACCAGAAAUUCAAAUAUUUUAAUUACCUAACGAUUUAGAAUUUUAAUAAAUUAUGAAGGAUUAUUAUAUAUUAAAGAAAAUCAAUUGA